AUAGGAAUAGAGAAAUAGAGCAGCAGAGUUAGGGUUUAUGAAUGGAAAAUAGACUAGCAAAUCCUUGUUUUAAGUGCCUGUUUUCUUUUUCAUGCUAAGCUAAAUUUAGGCUAAUUCAUAGUUUUUACUUUGACUCAGUUUUGAUGCUUAAUUUUCUUAUGUUGAUGUUAGAUCACCAGAUAAAUAGGACCAUUUAACCCCUCUGUAACAUAUAAAAAGGCAUAAGAACAAUGUAAAAUAGUAAUCACAUUUUUACUUCCCUUCUAUUGAGUAUUAAAAUGACUAAAUCUGAGAGAAUAUCAUCAUCAGGGGUUAUGGAUCACUGUAAGACAGUGUGGAAAUGCAGAUGGUGUCCAAAACUGUAAAAAAAAAAUAAAAAAAUAAAAAAAACAACAGAUAAGAUUUUAAACCUUACUGUAAAGGAAAUGAUUCUGUGAGUCUUAUUUACAGUAAAAUGUAACCCUUGUAAAAUAUGCAAUGAUUACUUUUUGAAUCAUGGCCUUUAAGUAGUAGAUAUUUAACCUUUUUUGUGUUUGUGUUUGUGCAUAUGUGUAUUGUAUUAGGUGUGACUCUGUGGUGGUGUCCAUGUUUUACUAGUAAAUACGGAAGGGUUCCAGCUAAUUCUUUAACCACUUCCUUCCCCAAAUGUUUCGCAUUUGCUGCAAUUUUUUUUUUCCAAGAACUAGCAGGAAGUAAUUGACUUUUAAAAAUUAACUUUCAGGUGUGAGUCGAUCAGAUUAGCUUGGCAUCUUAAAUGUGACCAUUUUACCGUUAAACAAUAAACUUUUUUUUUUCCUUUGAAGAAAAGAAAGGUGCAAAUUAUGACAGACGGGAAUAAUGAGAUUGAUAAGAAAAGGUCUUUGCAGGAAAAGUUCAUAAGGAAAUUAGUGAAUAUUUGGAAAUAAAUAGCGGUGUAAUUUAUAUAGUUUAUCCCCAAUCAAAGGGAGUUUUAAAGAUUUUUCUCGUAGACAAACACAUGACUGCAUAUUGUGUAAAUACUGUAGAAACAACAUGAUUACUGUAAGAAAUACCACACAAAUAUGGAAUAAAUAGCUUGUUGGUGGUGCAUGACGAAGUCAGAUUAUUGCUGAAACAGCCCACAAGGGGAUUUUGGUAAAGUUAGGUCAGCCCUGUUAUGGUCAACGGGUGUGGUUAUGCAUGGAAUUGCUCAUUUAGGUCAUCAACAUUGUUUUGGGGAAUCAUAACUGAUUUUGCCAUUGAUUUUCUUUACUUUUUAUUUACAUUUUUUUUUUUUUACAAAACAUUCCCAGUAACAAAAUCAGUCAAACAAUGCAUCCCCAAUAAUUAGUGUAUGUCACAAUACAGGAUUAUAUACGUAAAUUAUAUUUAUAUAUGUAUAUAAUUAUAAAAAGUCAAAAGGAUACUAAGACUUUUAAGACAAAACAGGCCAAUUUGAAUGUGAAGAAAACAAAUCAAUGAAAAAAAAGAGUUUAACCGUGUAAUAUAUAUAUUUUAAAGGCAAUUUUCAAAAACCCCAAAUAGAUACCUGCUGCCCCCUAGUGACAAAUAUAGUUAACUACACUUUCUGAUCACUGUUUCUGCGUAAAAACAUUCGUCACAAUAAAUUUGUACCUCCGUAUCUUUUUUAAAUUCUUAACCAUAUCAGCUAGAUAUUUUUUUUAAUUGAAGAGUAAUUUUCAUGGCUAUUUUUUUUUUUGAUCGACGGUCCCUUUAAGAACGGUGGCAGCAGCUCAGCGCCCAAUAGCGGCGCGUAAACUCAACUUUGUUGUUAGCAACUGCUAGCUAACUUUAAGCUAUCAUCAGCAAACUGUUGAGCUAACGAGACGCUUUUGUUUAUAAUUCCCAAAACGACGACGUACAGUACGGGUGUAUUUUCUUGUCAGACACGAGUUAUUCACAUAUAUGCUUUUUAAUUUGACAUAAGGAAAAUGACUUCCCCUUUGUCUGAUCCAACCCUGGAGAGGCAUUUCAAGGGUCACAGGAGUGCAGUGACGAGCGUGGAUUUCAGUUGCAACAUGAAACAGAUCGCCACAGGUUCUGUGGACUCAUGUGUUAUGAUCUGGAACAUGAAACCUCAGAUGCGAGCGUAUCGCUUUGAUGGCCACAAAGACGCAGUCAUGUGUGUGCAGUUUUCUCCAUCAGGUCACAUGGUGGCUUCAGCCUCCAGAGACAAGACUGUGCGUCUUUGGGUUCCCAGCAUGAAGGCUGACUCAACAGAGUUCAGGGCUCACACUGCCACUGUGCGUUGUGUUAACUUUUCUGAGGAUGGACAGACUCUGGUAACAGCCUCUGACGAUAAGACCAUCAAAGUGUGGACCGUUCACAGGCAGAAGUUUCUCUUCUCCUUCAACCAGCACGUCAACUGGGUCCGAUGUGCCAAAUUUUCUCCAGACGACCGUUUGAUUGUAUCAUGCAGCGACGAUAAGACGAUUAAACUGUGGGACAAAAACAGCAGAGAGUGCAUUCAUUCUUUCUUUGAACAUGCUGGUUAUGCAAACCAUGUUGACUUCCACCCCAGUGGAACAUGCAUUGCUGCAGCGAGUACUGACAGCUCUGUUAAGGUUUGGGACAUCAGAACCUAUAAGAUGCUUCAGCACUACCAAGUCCACAGUGGCGUGGUGAACAGUUUGUCUUUCCAUCCUGCUGGUAACUUUCUCAUCACGGCCUCCAGCGAUUCUACAAUGAAAAUAUUGGAUCUUUUAGAGGGAAAACUACUGUACACGCUACACGGACACCAGAGUUCAGUUACCUGUGUGGCCUUUUCUCGGACAGGGGACUACUUUUCUUCUGGAGGAGCUGAUGAGCAGGUGAUGGUGUGGAAGAGUAACUUUGACAGCAUCAAGCCCAGCAAUGGGGUCAAAGUGCAACAGAAAGGCACAUCCAGAGUCAGGCCACCAACGAGCAGCUCCUCGGCUCGCUUUCCUCCCAACUCUGACCCAUCUGUGCUUCACUAUCAGACAUCUGAACCAGCAGAGCAUGUUAACAGACAGGAAUCUCAAACUGCUUCCCACGCUCAGAGCUUCAGUCAUGGAAGUCACAGCAGAGCAACUCACUCCCAAGUCUACAGAGACCCCAGCAUCAGCUCCUCUUCCACCCAACAAACUUCACAGCUGCCUUCACGCCACCAUCAAUCAGAGAGCCAUGCUUCAGAUGGAAAGGUUCCUUCUGGCGUAGCGAACGCCCUGGAACACAUUAUAGGUCAGCUGGAUAUUCUUACUCAGACCGUUUCAAUCUUGGAACAACGGCUGACGCUGACGGAGGACAAGCUCAAAGAGUGUUUGGAGAAUCAAGUGGAGAUUGGGUUACAUCUCCAGAGAGAAGAAGCAAAAUGAUUAGUUUAGUUUUUUAUUAAUAUUAUCUUAAACAAAUGUGAUAAAAAAAUGUCCUAAUGCCUUACCACUGAUUUACUCUGGUUAUGUUGCACCGAGAAAUCUGAGUUAAGAAAGUUGAAUAUUAUUAGACGUUUUUCUGCAGGAGUGCUUAGUGCGCAGUCUUUUCUGCUGACGGAGGACUAAAGUGUCUGCAUGUGUUUGUGUGUGUCUGCAUUAGCAAGAUGAUGCUGUCUGAAAAAGAGUUAGCACAAAGAAAGGACUUCAGGGCUUCAUGUCCACAAACGGACGUCAAAAACUCUAUUUUUAAAGUUUACAUCCACUUCUCAUUAAAUCAGUCACAUCAUUUGUUAUUAGAUUCAUAUUUAAGAAUAAAAUGUAUUGUUUUUCUUAAUUUCAACUCUUGAUUUUUUUUCCUAAAAGCAAUAAAUUAUUUUACUUUUCUCUUUUGUCUUAAAUGAGAAUGGCUUUUUAGAUUAAACUUUGUUCACUAAGUUUAUUACAGAUCAAGGCUAACAAGGUGCUACAGGGUACACUACACCUUAAAACGGACUGUGGAAAUCUUUGCGUUCACAUCUAAAUCCAGCUAAAUAAUGUGUAAGCACAGUUCUCUUGUUGUGCCCACACACUGUUUCCCAUGUUGCAUAGUUUCAAACCCACUGGAGCCAGAUGCAUAACUUUAAUACUUAAAAGCAAAAUCUAUAGACCAUCAAACACAUUAGGAGCGAUGGGAAAUUGUUAGAAGAAGGCCCAUCUUUUACCUCCUCAACUACAGCUAAUCUGAGUAUUAGAUCUUCCAUGGAUUCCAUGGACUCAUUCAGAGAUUCUGCAAGUUUUCCUGUUAAAAUAGUGCAAGAGGUUCAUCAUAGAUACUUCUACUGGGAGAAAUAUGUGAAAAAAAAGCAGAAUCCAGAAAAUAAAAUUGUCUGAUUUUUAGAGAAUGUAUUUGUAUAGUGGUGUAAAAAAUGAGUAUUUGGUUAACAAAAAAAUAAAAGAAUCACCUCAGUAUGUUGUGAUGUAACCCUGGUUGACAAUGACAGUGGGUAAAUGUUUCCUGAAAGUUGCCUCAUUCAUCCUUUCCUUAACACGGAUCAGUCGUUCUGGUCCCUUUGCAGAAAAGCAGCUCUAAAGCAUGAUGUUUCCACCCCCAUGCUUCACAGUGGGUGUGGUGGUCUUGGGAUCCAACAUCUCUUUCCUCUCCAAACAUAACAACAACAAAAUCAUCUCAUCUGAUCACAUGACCUUCUCCCAGUCCUUCUCUGGAUCAUCCAGAUUAUCUCUGGAGAACUUCCGACAGACCUGGAGACGUUCCCCGUCUUAAAUGGAAUCCAAGGUGGAGGGAGAUUGUCAGUACUUUUGUAUUUCUUCUAUUUUUUUUAAUAAUUGCUCCAACAAUCUUCUCUCCAAACUGCUUGUUCGGGUGAACAAUCUUGUUCUUGGUGUCUUUUGACAGCUCUUUGGUCAUGGUGGAGAGGUUGAAAUUAGACUGUUUAGGGGUGUGGACAGAGAAUCAUUUCAAACGGGUGACAUGAAGUAGUAACAGGUCUGUGAGGGACAGAACUUUUGUUUGUUUGUAGGAAAUUAGUACUUAUUUUCUCCAAGGUUCUAUAAAUAAAUCCUUUGAAAUUCCCACAUUGUGAUUUCCUCCAUUCUUUUUUUUUCUUUUAAUUUCCACCCCCAUGUUUUUACAUUGAACCCAACCUGAUUUAAUUCAACAUUUACAUGUAAAAUUAUUUAAUUUAUCACAUUUUUAGAGUUUGGUGAAAGUGAGAGAGCAAUGUCACUUUCACAUUAUUUUUGGUUCUCUCAAGAACCAGCCAAACAUGCUCCACUGAUAAAAGCUAGAUGAGAGAAGCUGUGCGAAUUCAAAGAAUCCUGCCCCAUUCAAAGACAAAAGACAGGAUAACAAAGAAUGGGAAGAAAAGGUAAGAGCUC